AAAUGAUUUUGCAAUGUAAAUGCUUUUGGCAUUGAAUUUAUCUCAUGUCAAUUUAUCUCAUGCCUUUUAUUUAUUAUUUUAUUACAGCAAUGGCCCAAGAAAACUUCAAAUGCCCUGACGAUUAUGGAUUCUAUCCACAUCACAUAUCAUGCGACAAAUAUUGGAAGUGUGAUAACGGCAUUGCCGAAUUGAAAACAUGCGGAAAUGGCUUAGCAUUCGACGCCACCGAUUCAAAAUAUCUGUCGGAGAAUUGCGAUUAUCAUCAUAAUGUCGAGUGCGGCGACCGCACCCAAUUUGAACCAGCAAUUUCAACUGCUCACUGUCCCCGUUUGUACGGCAUCUUUGCUGAUGAAGCUAAAUGCGAUGUUUUCUGGAACUGUUGGAACGGUGAAGCUUCAAGAUAUCAAUGUUCACCUGGAUUAGCUUACGAUCGUGAAGCUCGUGUCUGUAUGUGGGCUGAUCAAGUGCCAGAAUGCAAAAAUGAAGAGGUUGCAAAUGGAUUCGCAUGCCCUGCUGCUGGAGAAAUCACAAAUGCCGGAUCAUUCUCAAGACACGCUCAUCCAGAAGAUUGCAGAAAAUACUACAUUUGCCUUGAAGGUGUUGCCCGUGAAUACGGAUGUCCAAUCGGAACCGUCUUCAAGAUUGGUGAUGCUGAUGGUUCAGGAAACUGUGAAGAUCCAGAAGAUGUUCCCGGAUGCGAAGACUAUUAUGGAGACCUCGACUUGAAAAGCAUCAGAAAGAGUGAACUCUUGGCCGGCUUGGCAAAUGCUGACAGCCGUGGUAAUGCCGCUAUCGCGAAAACCAAAAAGAAGAACGAAUAAAUCUCAUGAAGAAAUCUUUAUUAGCGUCUAGAUUCUUUAACAAUUCAUACUUUUCCCUCUCGACAAUAAAUUUCAUACUUUAUCGGAAUCAUGAAGAAAAGAAAAAAAUUCAUUUUUAUUAUAAAUUUAUACAACAAUUUUUGAUUAGGUACUCGAACAGAUCUGUAAAUUAUUUUUCCCAUUUUAAUGAGAAUAUCCACCUUCUAUCUAUUCUUUCACUCUAUCUCUCUCUCCCAUACCUCCCCCACUUAUUUACUUACUUAGAACCAUUUAUAAUUUUAAUUAGAUUUUAAUUUUUUGUCUUUAAAUGUGCGCGAAAAAGCCUUAAUGUUAAUUAAAAUCUCUUCUUUUACUCCGAAAAAACCCCUCACCUCUCCCACCCACUCUUUUUUUUCAUCCCGCCCCAUUAAAUAGACUGUUAAAAUAAUUCGCCUUAAAGCAUUAAGCAAAUCGUUCGUUGUACGUUUUCACUCUUUGUGAGAAAUAUUUUUCGAAAUAAAACAAAAAACGAGUUGAAAUUUCUGUUUUUUCUACUGUUGAGUGAAAAUUAAAUGAAAAGACAAAAGAAAUGAAAAUUUUUUAAAUCCACAUGAAGCUUUUAUACACUUCUUCAAUAAUCUUUAUUUGUUAAGUCGAGCGUUCUAAGCGACAAAAAACAUUUUUUUUUCAUAUUUCCAUCAACAAAGAACAUUUUUAUAAAACCAUUUUCAACAUCGCUUUUUUGUAAUGUUUUUUCAAAAGCGACAUUUAACCCGAAAAAGAAAACAGAGAUAGAAAAGAAAAAUCACAAAUUGUAAAAAAGACUAAAAAAUUAAAUAAAAGUAGGAAAAAAACUAUAAAACAAAUUAAAUCUUCUGACUUUCAUAAACUUUUCUCUUCGUAUUUGAAACGGAACAAAGCC